AUCAUAAUCAUUCGACACGACGAUGCGGAUCGCAUCGUCGUCCACUGCGCUGUAAACAGCGAUGGUGAUGGUUCUGGCGCUGGUGCGGACGGCCGCGAAGCAGGCUACACGGGGCGUGGGUUGUGCUCCGCUUUUGCAGACCGUGCGCAACUUCGCGUUCCGUUCGCGCUGCAAUGA